GUAUGUGUGUGUCCGUGAGAGAGAGAGAGAGAUCUGAGGGAAGAAAGGGAACCCCUCUGACACACUUCGCUCCUCAGUUCAUCAUUUCAUUUUUUUUAAAAAAAAAAAACUUUUUCUUACUUUUUUAAAAAGAAAAAAAAAACAGCAAGUGGACAGAAAAACCUGCGAGGUGAAAGAAUUUCCCCCGCCAAGCGAGGGGGGUGAAGAAGAGAAAGAAGAGAUUAUAUUCUCGCUGAAUAAGAAAGUGUGAGAAGAAGUGGAGGAGUGAAAGUGCCGAGCGAGCGCGCCGGUGUGUGAUCAUGGAAACACGGAUACUGACACUGAACGCAGCCGGAGCCGCGCGCUUCCUACUGCUCGCCCUGGUUUGUAUCGCUGUGGUCCAAAGCUCUAAGGUAUGGAGCGAGGUGGCAGGUCCGGAAGACUUGGAGGUUGAGAGGGGGGGCAGCAGAGGGCUCAGGGGCUUCCUGGCUGAAUCUGACGACGAGGACUUUGCUGUAAAUGAGGCCUCCGGAGAUGAACCCAGUGGUGAGGAGGAUGGAAGCACUCCAGAACCCCCCAUAACUGAAGUUUCAGGUGUCACAGUUUACUUCCGCGCUCUGGUGAACUUUACCAACUCCUUUGUGUAUGGACCAGAGCUGGAGGACAUCUACUCUCCCGCCUUCCAGGAGAUCACGGACGCCGUUGUAGACACGCUGGAGUCAGAAUACAACAAGAUACCUGGAAUCCAGACCGUCAGUGUGGUUCUUAUCAAGAAGGUGGGCGAUGAUGUGUUUGUGGAGCUGGACGUAGGGUCAGAUUUCAACAAGAACGCAGAACAGAUUCGCAACGUGCUCUUCUCUGUGGUGAAAGAGGGCUCCAUUGCCUCCUACAUCACCUCAGUGCAGGGCUUCCAGUUCCGGCGUCUGGGAGAAGUGGUUCCCAGUGUGCGGCCCUGCCUGCCCAAUGAGUUCACCUGCAAAGAUGGGAGCUGCAUUCCGCUGGAGUACCACUGUGACAAGAGGCCCGACUGUGAGGACAUGAGUGAUGAGCAGGACUGUGAGGUGCCCAGCCCACAGCCCUGCCUUCCAGACGAGUAUACCUGCGGUGACGGCAGCUGCAUUCCCAGGGAGUACGUCUGCAACAACAGACCUGACUGUGGGGACAGGAGCGAUGAGCUGGACUGUAUCUUUCCAGGUCCAACCAUAGUCCCACCAGCUGUGGUUUAUACGACACCUGAGCGCAAGCCAAUGACACCCCCCAUGUUGCGGCCCUGCAGAGCUGAUGAGGCAGCCUGCCAGAGCGGAGAGUGUAUCCCCCGGGACUAUGUGUGUGAUGGGGACAGUGAUUGUUCCGAUGGCAGCGACGAGUUCAAGUGUGGAACCCCUUCUCCCUGUGAGCCCAAUGAGUUCAAAUGUCAGAAUGGGCGUUGUGCUCUGAAACUGUGGCGCUGCGAUGGGGACAACGACUGUGGGGACAACUCGGACGAGACCUAUUGCCCAACCAAGGGCCCUGGAGACGUCUGCGCCCCCAAGCAGUUUGUGUGCCUGAGCGACCGCAUCUGCAUUCCAGCCAGCUACCAGUGUGACGAAGAGCCUGACUGCCCCGAUCGCUCUGAUGAGUACGGCUGCACUCCACCACAAGUGACCAGCCCCCCUGACUCCAUUGUGGCGGUACGAGGGCAGACAGUAACCUUCACAUGCACAGCUGUUGGUGUACCGACCCCCAUCAUCUCUUGGAGGCUCAACUGGGGUCACAUCCCCAUUAGUUCCAGGAUCACCAUGACCAGUGAGAACGGGCGUGGUACCCUCAUCAUCCGCGGUGUGAAAGAUGUUGACCAGGGUGCCUACACUUGCGAGGCCAUCAAUGCCAAGGGCAUGGUGUUCGGUAUCCCGGACGGGGUCUUAAGUCUCACGCAGAAUCCAGACAAUUGUCCCGAUGGAUACUUCUGGAUUGAGAGCCAAUCCCGCUGCGUCCCCUGUUUUUGCUUUGGCAUCACAAAGAACUGCCAGAGCACCGGCCGCUUCCGCAACCAGAUCCGACUCCGCUUCACAGAUGAGGAUGACUUCAAGGGUGUGAACGUGUCUUUCCCGUCCCGUCCGGCUUCUCCACCUCUCUCUUCCACCCAACUCCUGAUCAACCCAGAGGAGGAGGAAUUCCAGCUGGUGGACCUGUCACGGCGCUUCCUUGCCCUGGACUCCUUCUGGAGACUUCCCCGUCAGUUCCUCGGCAACAAGGUGGAUUCCUAUGGUGGAUACCUAAAGUUCAAGGUGCGAUACACAUUGGCCCGAGGAGAGACAGAGCCUGUAGACAAUCCAGAUGUGAUUCUGACUGGGAAUGGACAAAGGCUCAUUUACCGCCGGACCAACCCCGCCACUGCCCGAAACAUCAACCAGAGAGAAGUCAAGUUCACUGAGGAAAACUGGCAGCACUCGUCAGGCCGUCCAGUGACUCGGGAGGACCUGAUGAUGACCUUGGCCAACCUGGAGAGCAUUAACUUGCGCACCAUCUACGACAACCGCAUGGUGAGCGUGGCCCUCAGUGACAUCGUCAUGGACACCACCACUGUGGAGUUUAGCAGCAUGGGCCCUGCUCAGGAUGUGGAGGAGUGCAGGUGCCCACCUGGUUACUUAGGUCUGUCCUGCGAGACCUGUUCCCCUGGCUUUGAGCGGGUGUCUGGUGGCUCCUACCUUGGCACCUGCGCCGGAUGCAACUGUCAUGGACAUGCCAGCUCCUGUGACCCAGUCAGUGGACACUGCCUGAGCUGCCAGCACAACACCGAGGGGCCUCAGUGCAACAAGUGCCGACCGGGAUACUUUGGCGAUCCCACCCGGGGCCGGCCUGAUGACUGCAAGCCCUGUCCCUGCCCGUACACGGAGACCUCCCGACGGUUUUCUGAUACCUGCUUCCUGGACUACGACUCUCAGGCCACGUGCGAUGCCUGCAGGCCAGGAUACACUGGACGCCGCUGUGAAAAGUGCGCUCCUGGAUAUCAGGGUAACCCGCUUCAGCCCAACGGAAAGUGUGUUCCGAUUCAAACUGCCCAGUGUGACAACAGAGGGACUGUGAACUCCAACACCAGGCCAUGCACAUGCAAGUCCAAUGUGGUGGGUGCACUGUGUGACGAGUGCCAAAUCGGCUCUUUCCACUUGACGGAGGACAACCCUGAGGGGUGCAUGCAAUGCUUCUGCAUGGGCAUCACCAAGCAGUGUGCCAGCUCUACGUGGAGCAGGGACCAGAUCCGAGGGGGUGUGAAUGGACAGCUCUUCACACUAUCCAAUGGUGCCAGCACCCGGACCAUCAAUCAGGGUAUCAUCCAGAAGGGCGGCUCGGAGGUAGCCUUCCGCUCCUUCUCCGACAUCCCCAGUGACAUCUACUAUUGGGUCUUACCAGAGAGCUUCCGUGGAGACAAAGUCACUGCAUAUGGUGGCGAGCUGCGCUACACUGUGCGCUACGAGCCACGCCAGCGCUCACUAGUGAUCGAUGAGCGACCAGAUGUGGUCCUCCAGGGCAAUGGCAUCUUUCUGGAGCAUUUCUCCAAGACCAAACCCCUCCCCCGUGUUCCCACUAUUGUCACCGUGCCAUUUAGGGAGCUGGCGUGGAAACGAGCUGACGGGCAGCCCUGCACACGGGAGCAUCUUCUCAUGGCCUUAGCCGACAUCACAGUUUUCAUGAUUCGAGCCACUUAUGCAGACAACAUGGCGGAGACCAGCAUUUCAGACAUCCAGAUGGAUAUUGCCGUACCCCACUCAACAGGCAACGAGCGAGCCCUGGAGGUGGAAGAGUGCGCCUGCCCUCUAGGAUACAGGGGACCAUCGUGCCAGGAAUGUGAUGUGGGGUAUAGCCGCACGGGAUCUGGGCUAUACCUAGGCACCUGUGAGAGGUGUAACUGCCAUGGGCACGCCAGCACCUGCGACUCUGAGACUGGGGACUGUCUGCAAUGCCUUCAUAACACAGCUGGGCCACAUUGCGAUCGUUGCAAACCAGGUUUCUAUGGUGACCCAAAGAGUGGUAACCCAGCAGCCUGCCAACCCUGUCUCUGUCCAGGCUCCUCUCCCAGCAACCAGUUCUCACAGACGUGUUUCCUGGAUUCUGAUGGCCAGCUCACCUGUGAAAGGUGCCCAGCAGGCUUCACUGGCCGACGUUGCGAAAGGUGUGCAACUGGCUACACUGGCAACCCUCCACUUGGACAGCCCUGCACCAUUGGUAACUACAUCAAUGGAAAUUGCUACAAUUGUGACAACGCAGGAAGUGACGGCUGUGACAGCAAUGGAGAGUGUCGCUGCAAGAUGAAUGUGGAGGGUCGCACAUGCUCCCGCUGCAAGCCAGGCCACUUCCACCUGAGCGCUGACCAUAAGGAUGGCUGCCUCUCCUGCUUCUGUAUGGGAGUCACUCAGCAGUGCUCCAGCUCCAACUACUACAGAGACCUGGUGUCCUCGUCCUUCACCCCCGGCAACUUCCAGGGCUUUGCACUGGUGAAUCGACAGCUAACCAAUCGCAUUUCCAUGGGCUUCACGGUAGAGGUGUCCACUGAGGGCACUCAGCUCUCCUACAGCAACUUUGGCAGCCUGACCCCAGAGGCCCAUUACUGGCAGCUUCCAGAGGCCUACCAGGGGGACAAGGUAGGGUCCUAUGGCGGCCGUCUGAAGUACACCAUCUCCUACGUGGCUGGCCAGAGGGGCACUCCAACUGAAGACGUCGACGUCCAGAUUAUUGGCAAUGACAUCACCCUGGUCGCUCGGCAGACUUGGAACAGGGGGCACGGGACAAGAGAGUCCCAUCAGUUUGAGAUCGUUUUCAGGGAGGAGCAUUGGCGCCGCCCAGACGGCAUGGCCGCCACACGCGAGCACCUGCUUAUGGCCCUGGCCGACCUGGACGACAUCCUGAUCCGUGCUUCGUACUACACAGAGAUGCGCUCAGCCAGCAUUUCCAAGGUCAGCAUGGAGGUUGCCGUGCCCAACUACACUGGCCUCAGGCAGGCCCUCGAGGUGGAGGAGUGCCAAUGCCCACCCGGAUACCAGGGACUGUCCUGCCAGGACUGCGCUCUGGGCUACACACGGACCGGAGGAGGGCUCUACCUGGGCCACUGUGAGCUUUGUGAAUGCAACGGACACUCGGACUCUUGCCAUCCAGAGACAGGCAUCUGCACUAGCUGCCUUCACAACACUAUGGGUGAGAUGUGUGAGCAGUGUGCACCUGGAUUUUUCGGAGACCCCACAGCUGGGACCCCUGAAGAUUGCCAACCCUGUGCCUGCCCACAUGCAGACCCAGACAACCAGUUCUCACCCAUCUGUGAGAGCUUGGGCAAUGGGGGCUAUCGAUGCACUGCGUGCCAGCCAGGUUACACCGGCCAGUACUGUGAACGGUGUGCAGUCGGAUUUGUAGGCAACCCUCAAGAGAGAAUCAAAUGUCGCCCCUACAGUGAUGCAGCUUCCCUGGUGGUGAGGGUGCACCCUGAGAGAGUUUUGGUGGCCCAGGGAAGUGCUGUGACCCUCCGGUGCCAGGUGACUGGUUCACCACCCCAUUACUACUUCUGGUCCCGGGAGGAUGGUCAGCCCCUGUCCAGCAGGGCAGAUAGACGAAGGGAAGGUGAAGAGUUGUAUUUCUCCAACAUCCAGCCCAGCGAUGCUGGCGUUUACAUCUGCACCUGCCGGGACUCACGCAACACCAACAGGAGCCGUGCUGAGAUCGUUGUCACAACUGUUCCCACCAAAGCUAUUGAAGUGAUGGUGGAAGAGCCCAAAGCACAGAGUGUGACCGUGGGAUCAACUGUCAGCUUCAUCUGCACAGCCAAAAGCAAGUAUCCCGCCUACACGCUUGUGUGGACUCGCCAGGGCAGCGGGAAGCUGCCGAACAGGGCCAUGGACUUCAACGGCAUCCUCACCAUCCAGAAUGUGCAGCCCGAGGACGCAGGAGUGUACAUCUGCACAGGCUCCAACAUGUUUGCCAUGGACGAGGGCACCGCCGUCCUCUACGUGCCAGAAGCCUCACAGACUCAGAUGUUUUACUCGGCCUAUGAAAUGUUUGAAGGACAUAGAGCGCCUGCUGAAGGUUCACAGCCUGUGGCCACGGUGCAGCCUCCUGUGCUGACCAUCCAGCAAGGCCAGCGGGCAGAGUUCCGCUGCAGUGCCACUGGCAAUCCCACUCCCGCAAUUGAAUGGAUCGGGGGGCCCGGGAACAGGAUCACUCCCAAUGCCAUUAUUCGUGGUGGAGUCCUCAUCAUCCCAGCCGUCGAGCGGGAAGAUGAGGCCGAGUACAUCUGCAAGGCCCUGAACAUUCAUGGCGAGCACACGGCCCGGGCCAUUCUCUAUGUUCAUAGCGCAAGCCUACCUCACGUUCAGGUGAGUCCGCAGCGAGUGGAGAUACAUGAAGGGGAGACACUGAGACUUUACUGCCGGGCUGGUGGAACGCCCAGCCCUGCUCUCACCUGGAAGAAGAGGGAUGGUACACUCCCCCCACAGGCUAUCCCUUCUCACGGUUUCCAUCAGUUUAAAAGCAACAGUCUCGAUGUUUUACAGAGACGCAUAGAGGAGCUGCAGGCACGCAUGGAGCGCACGGACAUCGGCACCCUAAUCAUCCCCAACAUCAAGGUCUCAGAUGCUGGCACCUACCUAUGUGUGGGCACCAACUCCAUCGGCUCUUCAGAGGCUCGAAUUGAGGUGCAGGUGGCCAGAGGUGAGGCUGUCCAAGGGCAGGCGCUGAUGAGCAGACAGGCGGCCGGAGAAGCAGCUGACCCCAUCGCCGCGGCGAUCACCAUCCAGCCCUCCAUCGCCUCCGUGCAGGAAGGGCAGUCGCUGGACCUCAGCUGCCUCGUCUCCGGCAGCCCUCCACCCGCGGUCACCUGGCACAGGGUUGGCGGGCACAUGUCCUCCAACCAUCAGAUUCGGGGAUCCCAGCUCCGGAUCAUCCAGGCCUCUCAGGAUGACUCUGGGGAAUACAUCUGCAGGGUUGAAGGUGGCCCAAGCAUCCGCCAAGCCUCAGUGUCCGUAUCAGUGACCUCCAGCUCAUCCCGUCCACAGACGCUCAUCAUCUCCAUCGAUCCCCAUAGCAUAGCCGUGCGUCAUGGUGAGGCGGCCAGCUUCAGGUGCCGUGUGUACAGAGGAAUGCAGCCCAUCCGCCUCGAGUGGAAGCUGACCACAAACCAGCCAUUACCAGAUAAUGUGAAGGUUAGCCCUGAUGGCUCGGUCAUCACGAUCACCAAUGCUCAGCCACACAACCAGGGUACCUACCGCUGCGUGGCCACCAAUCCAUUUGGAGUCACUCAGAGCAUCGCAUCUCUCAUUGUCAAAGAUUCCCUCAAAGUGGCAGUGACCCCCCAGGGUCCAGUCCGGGUCAGGGUGGGCGAUUCCAUCAACCUGGAGUGCCAGGCUAGUGGGGACCCACGGCCAUCUGUCAGCUGGCACCGGAUGGACAGCAAUCGCAAGAGUUUGCUCACCAGUCCUGUGCCGAUGGAGUCCAAUGCCGUGAUGCAGGUGCUGGUGGCCCGCCUGGAAGAUGCUGGCACUUACAUCUGCACGGCACGGAAUGCUGAGGGCACCUCGGAGGCCAGGGUGGAGGUGGUCGUAGAGGGCAGCCCGCAAAUUCCAACCGUGCCCAUAGCCUCCGUUCCAGAGCCGCUGAUGAUUGUGACAGAGGGCCAGACCAUCACACUACGCUGCAAUGCCCAUGGUUUCCCCACCCCGACUAUAACAUGGUCUAAGCUGCGUGCCCCUCUCCCCUGGAGGCACAUGGUGUCCAACAACACUCUUGUGUUGCACAACGUCGGGCGCCAAGACUCUGGCCAGUACAUCUGCAACGCCACCAACAGCCUGGGAACAUCUGAGGUCACCAUCAUGCUGGAUGUGGAGACGCCUCCUUACACGACCACACUGCCGGAUGACCUGUCAGUGCGCGUUGGUGAAGUCAUCCGGCUGCAGUGCCUGUCACAUGGAACGCCACCUCUGAAUUUCCAAUGGACCAAGCUUAACGGCAGCCUGCCGGCAAGAGCGGAUGUGCGCGAUGGCGACCUGCAGAUCAAUCUGGCCACAGUGGAUGAUGCAGGAACCUACAAAUGUGUGGCCAGCAACAAAGUGGGAUCCAGUGAAGCACUGACCAGGGUCACCAUCAGAUCACCGCUUUCGGUGCGGGUGUCCCCACAGGUGGAAGUGAAGGCACCGGGUGCUGCUGUGGAGUUUACCUGCUCGGCGAACGGUGGCAUCCAGACCACAAUUGAGUGGCUGAAAGAAGGGGGUGUCCUUCCUGUCAACCAUCACAUCAAAGAUGGUGUGCUGAGGAUUGAGAACCUGGAGCAGAGCAACGCUGGCAUAUAUAUCUGCAGAGCCAUCAGUGUAUAUGGGCAGGCCCAAGACAGUGCCAAGCUCACUAUCCAAGCUCUCCCCAAAGUAACAAUCAACGUUCGCACCUCGGUGCAGACUGUCCUGGUGGGCAACUCUGUGGAGUUUGAGUGCCAGGCCAUUGGGGACCCCCAGCCAACCUUGCAUUGGAGUAAAGUGGGCGGCCCUUUACCCUCCCACGUAGUGGUGAAUGGAGGCCUGCUGAAGAUUGAGCAGGUGACAGAGGCUGAUGCAGGGCAGUAUCGCUGCACUGCCACUAACAACGUGGGCUCUGUGCAGUCCCAGGUGGUCCUCAAUGUCCAGACCCUGCCGCAGAUUGCAGCCCAUCCCGAGGUGAAGGAGGUGACAGUGGGAUCCACAGCCAUCUUCCCAUGCUUGGCUUCUGGAUAUCCAGCCCCACAGAUCAAAUGGACCAAGCUGGAAGGUGAGCUUGCACCAAAAGCCUCACAAGAGGGAAAUGCUCUGACCAUUCCUGCCGUGACCCACGAGGACACAGGGACAUAUGUCUGCACGGCCUCCAACAAACAGGGAAAAGUGGAGGCCUUCUUCAUGCUCAAAGUUCAUGAGAGGGUGAUUCCUUAUUUCACCCAGACCCCUCUCUCCUAUUUGACGCUGCCUACCAUCAAGAAUUCAUACAAAGCCUUCAGCAUCAAAAUCACCUUCCGUCCAGACAACGUUGAUGGCCUCAUUCUGUACGCCGGCAUGAUCCUCUACAAUGGGCAGAAGAAGACCACUGGAGCCGACUUCCUCUCACUUGGCCUGGUUGGAGGUCGUCCAGAGUUUCGGUUUGACGUGGGUUCAGGUAUGGCCACCAUUCGCUACCCAACUCCCAUCAAGCUGGGGGAGUUCCAUACUGUGGAACUGUACCGUAACCUAACCCAGGGCUCCAUGGUGGUGGAUGGACAGCCCCCAGUCAACGGCAGCUCACAGGGCAAAUUCCAAGGACUGGACCUGAACGAAGAACUUCAUGUGGGUGGUUACCCAAACUACAGCAUUGUCUCCAAGACCACAGCCCUGAAGACUGGAUUUGUUGGCUGUGUCCGCCAGCUCAUCAUCCAAGGGGAGGAGGUGAUCUUCAAGGAUCUAGACCGCAGUUCCACAGGGGUUUCAAAUUGUCCCACCUGCAAAGAUCGCCCAUGUCAGAAUGGAGGCUCGUGCCGGGACUCGGAGACCAGCAGCUACAAGUGCGAAUGUGUCCGGGGCUUCACUGGCAGCAACUGCGAGCACCACUCCUCUCUCCACUGCCACCCAGAGGCCUGUGGGCCUGAUGCCACCUGCAUCAACAACCCAAGUGGAGUGGGCUAUGACUGCCGCUGCCAUCUUGGAAAAUAUGGGGACAAGUGCAUGGAUGGUACCUUAGUUACCACACCGCUGUUUGACGGUGAGGUGUCCUUUAUCGCUUACCCACCCCUCACCAACAUCCACAAUGACCUGCACGUUGACCUGGAGUUCAAGCCAUUAGAUGGCAAUGGACUGAUGUUCUUCAGCGGUGGAAAGAAGAUGAAAGUGGAGGACUUUGUUACCCUGUCAAUGGUGGACAGGCAUGUGGAGUUCCGCUAUGAGCUUGGGACAGGCAUGGCUGUGCUACGCAGCCAGGACCCCGUGAGCCUGGGCCAGUGGCACCGCGUGUCAGCCGAGCGCAUCAACAAAGAUGGCUCACUAAAGGUGGACAACACCCGCGAGGUGCGCCGCUCGUCCCCAGGGAAAGCACAGGGCCUGAACAUCCACACUCCAAUGUAUCUGGGAGGCGUCCCAAGUAUGGACUUACUGCCCAAACCGGCCAACAUCAGUGCACCAUUUAAGGGCUGCAUUGGGGAGGUGUCAAUCAAUGGGAAGAAGGUGGACCUGUCCUACAGCUUCACGGAGAGUCGGGCCAUCGAGCAGUGUGUGGACACCAGCCCAUGCGACAGGCAGCCCUGCCUUAAUGGGGGCACCUGCCUGUCCAGCGCCGAAUACGAGUACCAGUGUCUGUGUCAGGAUGGUUUUGAUGGUGAGCGUUGUGAGGUGGCCAGGGACACAUGCCAGCAGGACGACCAGUGUCAGAAUGGGGGACGAUGCUUCAAUAACCGCUGUGUGUGUCUUGGAGCCUUCACUGGACUCUUCUGCGAAAAGAGGCACGCUCCAAGUUUCCAAGAGGACAUGCGGAAUUUGGAGGGUAGCGGGGGGAAUGAGUCACCUUUUGAAUAUUCAGCAUAUUUCCAUGACAGUGGAUACCUGAUGCUUCCAAAAUCAGUCUUCCCAAGAAGCUCACCUGACAGUCCUGAGACAAUUGAGCUGGAGAUCCGGACCACUUCCUCAGAUGGCUUGAUACUGUGGCAGGGAGUGGAGCGGAAUGGCGCUUUCCGCAAGCUGCAUGCUAAUAAAAAGGAACUUGGAGAUCAAGGAAAAGGCAAGGACUUUAUUAGUCUUGGUUUAGAAAGCGGACAUGUUGUUUUCAGUUACCAGCUGGGAAGCGGGGAGGCCAGGAUUGUGUCUGAAGAAUCAAUCAAUGAUGGGAGGUGGCACGUUGUCCAAGCUGUAAGGACUGGCAGUCAGGGCUACUUACAGAUUGAUGGACAACAGAUCAGCAGAGGACAAUCACAAGGCAAAAGUGUCAUGGUGAACACCAAAGGCAACAUAUUCCUGGGUGGCGCACCGGACAUGGCAAUAUUGACAGGAGGGAAGUUUUCCACUGGGAUGAGAGGCUGCAUAAGGAACCUGUCGCUGGACAGAUCACAGCGACCCAUUGACCUGCUGGCCCACACAGAGCGGGACGCCGGCGUAGAGCAGUGCUCAUCAUAGGCAGCAAAGCAACGCAGAGCCCAUUGACUUUGGAGGGAAAGAACAACACCCCACACACACACACACACGCACACACACACACACACACACACAUACACAUGGUGCUUUGCUGCUACCAGAACAAUAACAAUAACAGAAAAAGGUUUGUCUCUGCUCUGCGUUACAUAAAACCAAAAAAGUGAAAUAAUAUUAACAAGUCUUCACAAAAAUCUUCCUCAGUGUUGUAUUGUCAAUGAAGGACUAUAAAUACAAAAAAAUCAAGUACAGUUUCAGUUUACACAGUCCCAAAAUAACUUUUAACAAAGAAAAGAAAAAGACAGGCCUUCAGCGAUGAGGUGGAACCUAUGGAGUUGGGAGUUUUUACGCAGCACUGAAUUUUAUUUAUAUGCAUAUGAAUAUAUAUAAUAAAUAUAUAUGUGGGGGGAAAUGCAAAUUAACUGUAACCAGCUUUUUUUGUCCUAAACUUUAUUUUGGAUUCUAAGACAGGUGUGUCCAGGGCUUUGUGGCCGAGUUGUGUUAAUACUUGAAGACGUUCAGGCCGUCUCUCGUCACGCGCCUCAGCUUUCCUGUGUGGAGAGCGUUGGGGCAAGCGUGCACAGAGCGCUCUUACACCAAGAGCAGCUCGAAAGCCUCAAAGGUCACGGCAAAAACACAGCGUCGAGACACAACUCAGGUGAAAAAAGGAUGAAGAAUAAAUCUGAAAACCAUGGUGCUCAUUUUUUUUCCUUCAAUUGCUUUGUUUCUAACAGGAGAGGAUCUGCCUUCCGCGCGUGGGGACUCUGUGCGCGUGCUUGCCAGAAGUCGUCGAUCCAAUUUAAAUGGUGCUAAUAUCGAAAACACAAAUAAAAAAACCUGACGUCACGCUACAAAUUUUUUUUUUUCCCAACCACCAAAGAUUUAAAUUUAUUUUUUUUAUGUUUUAGAUCAAAUUUUAAGUAACAAAACUACAAAAUACAGGUUUAUCCCCACACGCCCACACACUUGUUUUGCUUUUGCAAAGAUGCACAAGACUUUGGAAGAGCUUCUUGUUUUGUUAUAUCAUGAAUAUAGUUAUUCUUAUUAGGACUGUUUGAUGGAGUACUUCUGUAGCUCCAAGUAGUUUUGAAAAAUCUUAUGUCGUUGAGUGGAUCUCAAAAGGUUUAGAAGUGAUGUAAAGAAUAGGGGAAAAGUUUAUAGUUUUUUUUUUUUUUUUUUUUGCACACUUAUUUUAAUCUAAGAUGGAGAAGUCUGGGAAGGCCGUUCACUUUCUUCUUUUAUGACCACAACACUUAUCUGCUAGUCAGGUAUAUGGGAAAAUCACAGCUUUGUACUCAUGCCAUUUUAUAUGUGACAGAAGUGCCUUAUUUCAUAUGUUUCUAGUCCUCCAUCCUUCCUGGAAAUCAAUUUGUGUUGUGCUUUAGCUCGAUAUCCGUGUCCUACGACCGUCUGUUCAUCCAAACCUCAGGAGGGUUAAAGCGAAACUGCCUCACAAAGACACCAUUCAUCAUUCAGGGUCACUAGUCUUGCCUUGUAGGGUCAGCAAGUAGGCUGGGUCCUCGGAGGGGCGUGCAGCUCAGCAUCAGCAUUUCCCAGAAGUCUCUGUGACCAGAGGCUUGGCGCCAUGCUCGCCCCACCACCGUGGCACCUCAUCUUGGACUUUGUCACCAGCUCAUUGCUUUUACACACUUUAUGGGUUCUCUCCUUCGUUGUUAUCACAAAUCAGUGCUACCAUUUCACAAAAAAAGUUGCUUUGUUUUUAUUUAUUUCCCUUUUUCUUUCCAUUGCUGUUGUUUCCAGGCUUAACCCUACUAUUGUCAGGCACUUAAAAGUUUUCAAUUUACUUUCAAUAUAUUACUGUGUAACUGCCCCCUCUCCUUUGUUUAAUGCCCCUUGUGUUGGAAUUAGUAGAAAACAACUAACAAGUCAAUGAAAGGUCCCUCAGAGUGGGGCUUUUGACCAAUGUCCCCCUUUUGUUUGAGACUGCCAUACUGUGCUUGGACUACAUCUUUGUAACCAACUGGAAGACCCAUGCUCUGAAAAGGGGGAGUAAUCUGGUCUUGUAAACCUUUACUGAUUUUUUUUUUUUUUUUUAAGUUGGAAUAAUUUUUUUCUUAA